GCAUGUCAUCGCGGAAAUAGAAACUAAACAGGGCAAAACAAAAUGGGAGCAUCGUUGGAUACUCCAGCGAGGUGCCCUCUCUGCGACGAGCUGACCCGGGACCCGGUUACUCUGAAGUGUAACCACAGUUUCUGCCAGCGAUGCAUUGGUGACUUGUGGAGCAUUAACCCGAACGGGCCGUACCAUUGUCCGGAGUGGAGGUGUAAAACCGAGUAUCAGACUUUGCCGUUUCAUAGCAGUUUGAUACGGUCACCAACUCCCAGAGGACAAGCACAGCCUCGCAGCACUGCAGGUUCAUCCACCAGUAACAAUGAAGAAAGUACAUCUGACUCGAGUUUAAGGAGGCCAUCGCUCACCAGCCGACUCCUUGGAAAGAGGAAGGCCAGCGCACCUGUACCUGAACAGCCUGAAGCAAAGAGAACAACUGUCGAGAGCCCCCGUGCAUGGCCCAGUGACACAGAGAUUCCCACCACUUCCUUGUCAAAUAACACUGGGGAGUCAACUGCCGUGAAAACAUCUAAGAAAGUAGUAGAACCAGAAUCUUCCCAAUCUAAAGAGGGUGAAGGCUCAACCUCCAAGGAGAACUCUGACAGCAAUGGAGCAUCUGCAAGCGAUGGGCCACAAGCCAUCUCAGUCCAGCAUAAAUCAGAAAAGGCCAUCAUACUGGAUGACUCUGACAAUGAAGUCGACAUAUGUGAUGCACCUCCUCCUGCAACCCCCAAGAAAGACCCGCAAGUAACAGGGGUAUGUGUGACACCAAAGAAGCCUUUGUCAACUCCCACCUCUCACAGUUUUCCUGCAACCUCAACUCCAGGAAAAGAUAAGCCUCCUGUGCACCAUGCUGGCAAAUCAUCUCCGAUUCCAAGCAAAAUUUAUUUACCCGCUUCAGGAUCCUCAAGUCAUGUUGGCAUCGUCUCCAGGGCAGAAAACAAAAGCGCCAGCCCUGUGCCCUGUCAUUAUUGUCCUAAAACUCGGUGUCAGUCUGCAGUGAAGACUUGUCUGGUGUGCGGGGCCUCCAUGUGUUCAGAGCACCUGCGCCCCCACCUGGACAUCCCAGUUUUCCAAAAUCACACCCUGGUUUCUCCAGUGGAAGACAUUUCCCUCUGGAGGUGUCAGGAUCACCAUGAGAUAAACCGUAUCUACUGUCGGCAGUGUGCAGUGUGUGUGUGCACUGUGUGUACCGUCAUAGGUUCCCAUCGUGACCACGAAUGCGUCAGCAUCAGGGAGGCAGAGAGAGAGCUCAGGGGAAACCUGAAAGAAGAGAUCAAACAACUGCAAGAGGCUGAGCAGCAAGUGAAGGACCGAGUGACUGAGCUCGCUCAGAAGAAAGAGACUUUCAAAGAGGUUUUGAGUGACACACAAGCAGGAGUGAAGCAGCAGUACAGUACCAUCAAAGAGGCCUUGGAGCAGGAGGAGCAACUGGCUCUUCAGUGUGUGAAGAAGGAAGAGAACCGAGUUUUGGGGGGACUAGAGGAGAAACUCUGCCACCUCCAUAGCUCCCUUCAAUCCAUCCAACAAGGCCUUCACACGCUGGAGAGUCUGGCUGACACCAGAGGCGACAACUCUUUUAAGGACCAGGCCUUCAUCAUGGAAUACAGCAAGAUUGCCCAGCUGAGUGGUGAGAUGGGGAGCUACGUGGAGCAGUUUGAGGCCCCGGAGGAAGUGAAUCGUCCCCGGCUGAGGUGUCUGCAGCAGUGGACAGAGAAGCGACUGGACACAGUUGUCAUCAAUACACAAAGCAAAGAUAGAGAUCUUAACAGGCUCCUCUAUGGCACCAUACCCCUCUUGGAUUCAGAUACGGCCCAUCCUAAGCUGCAGCUGUCUGAUAACAGCAGAACGGUGACCUACAGCGAUGCUCAGCAGGCUUACACGGAGCACGAGGCUCGCUUCAGUUCCUUCCCACAGGUCCUUUCCUCAUUAGCACUGGAGGGGGGGCAUUGGUACUGGGAGGUGAGCGUGUCCGUGGAUGAUGGCCGAUGGAAGGUGGGGCUGUGUGAGGCUCAGAUGGAGAGGAAAGGCCAAAAGGACAACUCUCGUCUGGGGUUCAACAGUUACUCCUGGUGCCUGGCCUGUGACAAAAGGAAGGUAGAGGCCCUCCAUAAUAAAGUAUCAGUUCCUGUGGAUUCAGAUGGACUGCAAAGGGUAGGAGUGUUCCUUGACUUUGAAGAUGGUAUUUUAUCAUUCUUUAAUGUGACACCAGGGGGCAGUCUAGCUUUAAUGCAUUCCUACAAGCAGAGGUUUACUAAUCCUCUUUACCCAGCCUUUUCUGUGUCUAAAACACACUUGUCUAUCUGUGAUUUGUUCGAGUCUUAAACUGCACAGAAGCACCAUAUCAGUUCUGCUGAUUGAUUUACAAACUUCAUCAAUCUGUGGUGCCUUUUUUAGUAAAAUGCACUGUUGUGUAACUUUCUCAUGGAUGAUAGAUCUGUCGUACACUGCAUACAUUCCCUGACUUCUGCAAAGAUCUGUAAAUGUGAUUUUUACAUCAUUUGAAAGAACUGGAAUAAAUAGAAAUCCUAUUCAAUAUACCUUACAUGUAACAGUCAAUCACUGGUAGUAUUUUUUUUUAAUAGAAAGACCAGACUUUUUUAAUGGUUUUUGUUUUGAGAUGAUGUAUCAACAAAUGAGAAUGUUUUUAAGUGGUAGGCAAGUUAUCAAUGAUGAUCAAUACACAAAUAUUUUGGAUAGUGUUUCUAUUUUGAAUAUUUGUUUUUUAAAAUCUUCAGAUUGUACUUUACAUAUCUCGUCUUUGUCAUCCUUAUUGCUCCUGUUGUGACUCAUUUGUCUUUCUACUGGAAUAAACUGUCAGAGUUUCCAAAGCUA